AGGGCGUAAUUGCAGGGGUCUUGUUGAUGCAAAGAGAUGUUCGAGCUGACUGGGAAUGCAGGUGUUUAUGGCAACUCAACCUGUUCAUUAAAUAUUGAUGGAAAAUGCUGCAAAAAGAGGCAACCGAACAAUGUCACCACCUUCAGUUCUUUUCAAUUGUGUAGAUAAAAAUCGUACGGUGAUUGCGAUAUGCGAAUGACGACAAAAUCCACUAUCUAUUUGUUAGGCCGGUGAAAGACAGCUUUGCAAUAGUGUUGCUAUUUAGCUUGUUGCAGUCGCGUUUCAGAUUUAGUCGGGGAAAAAUCUUUUCAAGUCAUUUCGAAGGAUCAAGAUGUUUUUCAACCAUAUGGUGUUGAUCUUGGGAUUCGUUGGCGUGAUUCAAGGAAACUCUUUGGAUAGCGAGGUGCAGAAGUGGGCAGGCAGUUUAGGCGAGACUUUGUUUCAGUUUACGAAAAACACCACAGCCUACACUCAAGUAUUAGAUAAAUACCAAGAUCCAAAGUACUUCGAUUUUGUUAAUAUUAAUGGCACAAAAAUAAUGAACGAUUUCGCCCAGAGUUUUGAGAGCCUUUUACAGUCAAAAACAAAAGCCUUGUUGCGAGUUAAGAAGGCUGUUGAAGAUGCCCAAGCCACGUACACUUAUGAGAGCAAUUUGAAAUACGAUUAUAGGAAUAUCAAAUAUAUCAACACAGAUAAUAAAACACUUGUUAUUUACCCAUAUUUUUCAACUUCACUGAAAGUGAACAAGACAUACAGCUAUAUUCAAGUACCAACCAAUGUUUACGAAAAAGACCCAGCUGUUUUGAAUACAGCAAAAAUGACAGAGAAACUUGAUGAAGUUUACCGAAAUAAUUUUCAGGAAGACAAAACAUUACUUUGGCAGUAUUAUGGUGAUGCAAAAACUGGUACAUUCCGCACAUAUCCCAGUAAAGUUUGGGCCCGAGAUUCAUCGAAUCGAGAUCUUUAUGAUUGCCGCCAGAGAAAUUGGUUUAUUUUGGCAUCUUCUUCACCCAAAGAUCUCAUAAUAAUAAUUGACCAAAGUGGGACUAUGAUUGGGAACAAUUUUGGAAUCGCAAAAGUUUCUGCUCUUGUGCUCAUUGAUGCAUUACAAGAAAAUGAUUUUUUUAAUGUAAUGACUUUCAAUACACAAGUCACAUAUGCAUUUCCUAACUGCAAAACUGAAUUGAUGCAGGCCACAAAGGAGAAUAAAGAAGCAGCGAAAUCAGCAGUGAAUAAAUUUGGUAAGCCAAAUAAGACUGGUGAUGUUGAAAAGGUAAUGGAGGCAGCAUUAAAGAUUAUGAUGAAUGUCAGAGGGAACUCAAAGAAGUCAGCGGGAUGCAAUCAGGCUAUUGCAUUUUUUUCAGAUGAAAUAGAAGGUGACUAUGCUGGCAAACGAGCAUUUGAUUCAUUUAACAAGGAUAAACAUGUUCGUGUUUUCUCCUACCUUGUGGGAAGGAAGAAAUCAGCUAAAAAGAAAGCAAUGAAGGAAAUGUCUUGCAAAAACCGAGGUCAUUUUUAUGAAAUUGAAACAGUAGGGAAUAUAUGGGACAAUGUUCUUAAAUUUAUCAAUGUCCUCAGCAGGCCAUUAGCACUUUCACCAAACAAUAAUGUGCCAAUCUACACACCAUUAUAUUUGGAUGCAAGUGGACUUGGAAUGAUGAUGACUGUUUCUGUGCCUGUUUUUAAGAAAACAAAGAACACCAAGGAUGCAGCUCUGCUUGGCGUUACUGGCUCAGAUAUUGCUGUUUCUGCUAUCCAAGAUCAGAUUCCCUACUAUGAGCUUGGUGUCAAUGGUUAUGGAUUUGUAAUCAAUUACAAUGGCUUUUUUCUCAUGCAUCCAUUGUUGAAAAGUCAAGAAGGCUAUUUACCUUCCCCUGCAAAUGUUUAUCUUGAAGAUUUGGAGCGUAGCACUGGAAACGAUUCUAUUAUGCUAAAAAAUGCCAUGAUCAAUGGUACAAGUGGAGAAAGACAAUUUGUUCUUGAUUCUGUGUCACUUGAUGGUAAAAGAUUCACCAAAAUUAAAAUGAAUUACUUCUUUCAGUCAAUGAAUUCAAUCCCCUUCAGUGCUAGCAUUGCUGUACCAGAAUAUGGCAUGAAGAAGUUAAAAGCCAAAGCAAAGUAUUAUUUGCCUGCAGCUCUCAAAGCCCUUAAUUCAACAAGCAAUUACCAGAUUUUGAUUGCACCAUGGCCAUACUGCAAUAUUAGUGCAGCUGCUCAAGAUAAUCAAGAGCUUAGCAAAAAAGCCUACCCAACUGCAGAGGAAGUGAGAGUACAGCUGUCAAAGAAUAAUGGUGCUAGUGUCUGCAAUCAAGAACUGAUUGAAAAUUUGUUGCUAUCUGCUAGCCUUGUCACAAAUGCUACCGAAAAUGUUUGGAAACUAGGUAGUGGUGUUGUCAGUAUCUUUAUUGGAACAAGUGCAGGCUACUCCAGAGUUUUGUACUCUAAAUCAGUUCCCAUCUCACGUGACCUGUUCCAGAAUGAGUACUACAAACAUGCAGUAGACUAUGCUAGCAACCGCAGUGACUUGGUGAUCUUCUCAGUCCCAUUAAAGAAACAGAAUUUAUCACCCUUUACCACUAUAAAACCAGCUGGUAACAAAACAGAAACUUAUGUCACAGUAAGUAUUCCAGUCAAGAAUGGCAGUUCAUUUCUGAGUGUUCUUGGGUUUCAGCUAAAGCAUAGUAUGGUAAAAGAGAUGUUGCUAAAUGCAACGGUUAGUACUACAGGUGGAGUUGCCUCUUGCUCCAAUAACAACUCAGUUGACUGCUACCUGGUUGAUGAGAAUGGGUAUGUUGUUUCAAGCAAUGGUAAUGAAGAUGAUGUUGGACAAUUUCUUGGCAUGCUCCAAGGCAAGCUGAUGGAAACUCUGAGUCAUAACCAGUCUCAUUUUUUCAAACCAUAUAUGUUUCAAGACACACAAGGCCAAUGUGAUGAUGAGAAAACUACAUCUUCUGAUGCAAUGCGACUUUUAACACCAUUUUUCACAAUUUCAGCUUAUUUUGUCUGGUGGACACAAACACUGAUAUCAUUGCUAGCACAAUUCACCUUGUAUUCCUCUGUCUCUCCAACAGCAAAUGUUGAGGCCAUAUCCAGCCCUAAUGUGAGCUGUACCAAAAACAUGGUUUUUUAUGUUUUGCAAGAUGACAAGUUACCAGAUAGUGGAAGUAUAGCAUGCUCAAAAACAUGCAACGAAGAAUUUGCUAUCAGCAAAGUGAAAAACACAAAUCUUGCUUUGGUGGUUAUGAAAAAAACCUGUGGUGGUAGCAUAUGCACAUAUCCAAAAGUUUCAACAGUGCCAGUCAAAAUAGCACGUCAAGACAAGUGUCCAGUACAAGCAAGGGAUAGAAGACUUCCUGACAAUUGCUUCGCUUACAAUGCAACAGAAGACACUUCCAAAUGUGGUUCAGCUACAACCGUGAAAAGAUCCUUGCUGCUGUUGGUAAUGGUAUGGGUAUUUAUUGCUGCAGUCAUGUAAACUCAGGUAAACUUUCUUGGUAUUUUAAGAGUUACAUGGGAAUCAUACAUUUCAGUGAUAUACAAGCAUGAAAUACCAUUGAAUGAAUUGACUUUCAGUAAUUGCACGUGGUCUUGUAGAACCAAUAAAGACUGUGCUGAAGUCUGGAUCAGAAAUUAAAAGCCAAAUCAUUCCAACUAUUUUCUAGGAAGUUGAAUGAUUUACUUUCACCAGCAGAGAAUGAACUAUCAGACAUUGAAUUUAUUACUUUAUUGCAUGCAUUACUGAUGUUGAUUGUUUUCUUUUAAGACCUGCGUAGCAACCAAGUGACACAGACCUGGUGGAACCUUCUCAAUGAAUAAUUUCUUUACUGGGGGUCCUCCUUUAAAUAAUUUUAAUGACAUAGGCAAUACUCCAUUUUUGUCAAAUUCCCUGCAAAUGCAAGCUGACACUUUUUUGUUGCCAGUCAGCCUUAUGUGUCCCUGGCACAAAGUAUUAUUUUUAACAGUCCUGGUUGAGAGCCAUUUCUUCACUAACAUUUUACCCCUGUUUUGCCAGUCAAAGACAAAUGUUGCUUUCCCCUGCCACAUUUACCUGCUAUCCCCCAUGGUGAAUAGACUUUCCAGGCUUGGUACAUAGGGGUGUUAGAAGGAGGUGCAUGUUGCCUUCUUUUUGUAGCUAGCAAGUUUGGGCCUUGAAAACGCUGGAGAACAAUGAAUUUAUAUCCUAAAUAGAUUGUUUUGUUUUUCUCCUUUUUUGAUUUCCCCUUUCUGGUUUUCUACCAUUUAUGUACUAUCAGUACAGUUCGGAAAAGCUUUUUCCACACUGUCAUAUAUCUUUUGAUAAAUUUACCUUGAAUCCAAUUCAGAGAAUGCCCCUUCUCUAUAACCAAAUAAUGAACAAGCUGUGUGAAAACUGACAGCCAGUUUUAUGAAUUUAUUCAUUUCAACUAUAUCUGUGUGAAAGCUGUGUUUAUUUUAUCUUUGUUUGGAAAAUAGUCAGAAAAGGAUCUGUUUGUUUAUGAUUACAAAUUUUUCCCAAGAAGGAAUAAAAGGUUUCUUAAAUUGUGAAGGGCUGGCAUGGUAUAAACCCAUUUAUUUGCAGACCCUGCUCUUUUUUUUAAUCUUAUGUCGUGUAAUUGAGUAAUGCCUGAAUUAAUAUAAUUGUGUCGAUGUAAAUUAAAUAUUUUCACAUUUUCGAAAAGAACAGCAAUAAAAAUUGUAUUUAACGUGUUUUGCACCAGUAUUAUUUGACGUUUUGAAUCUAAUUGAAUCAGUAGUCGUACUUAAGGUUGCGAUCUUAUUUUCACAUAUUUAUUGCUGGCAAACACACUUUGAAAGUAGUUUUGUCAUUAAAGUCAUUAAAUGCCACUGAAAACGUAACAUUUUAAACGAGAAGAGAUCAGGCUUUGGAACCUAAAAAAUUGGUGGAGGGAAACGCUCUUCAACUUUGUUUUGUUGUCUCCCAUUAAAGGCUAUAUGAGAGUCCAAAAAAUUUGUCGGUUAUAUGCUAAAGACUGCGGAGAAUGCCCACGUAAAAAAAGAAAUUAAAGUGCUACGGCCAUGCUUAGCCUUUUUCUUUGUUUUCAAGGGAAGGUUUUGAAUGCAUGGGAAAUUGUCCGGUGGAUGGAUAUAUGAGUACCUUUCGGGACACUGGGCUUUGUCAUACCAUAGGUAUACAAGCGUAAAAAAUGUGGGUGCUGAUCCGAGAUCGCUAGUCCUAAUUGCAACCCCCCCUCCCCCCCCUGCGCCGUAGGCUUGUGUAUCAAAUGUGACAAUACAGAAUGGCAAUUUAUUUCUCAGUCUGCAGGCCAUUUCCUAUAGCCUCUGCUUAAGACGCUGGAUUUCUUUUUCCGACCAGAUCAUUUAUGUUUCAAUAGGAUUGACAGUGAGUAUAGAAUUUAAUCGUCUUUAGUCUGACUUACUGAUGUUCAGCCACUUUAAGACGCCUUGUUCAUUAACAAUUUUCUUUCUUUCUGUUUUCUCUGUUCUUACAGAUACCGGGAAAACAUGUUUACUGAAAGAUUUGAAAGUUUACUGAAAGUCCUGAAAACUGUACUUUCUUUCGGAAAUCAAAAUAGCCAUCGCUAGCCACUAUUUCAUAUUUAUCUUGUCAAUAACUUCUGUCAGCAUCAAUGUCAGUAAUGCUCAUAAUUAAUCGAUAUUUUGCAUGUACGUAUCUAUUGGCCGAAUGCCUAUGUCUCAAUUGGUCAUAUUGUUAGCAACUCUGCACGAGACAACAUGAUACUAAAUAAGUAGAAAGUAUUUAUUUUGCAUUGUAAAAUAAACUAAACAAAAACAAAAAAGGUAUAAAAACAGGCAUAAGCUCUUCUCUUUGCAUUCCUUGUUCUCACUGAACGGUGGUCAUGAAAAAUAAGUCCACAUGUUGAGGAAAAAUUGAGCAGUUGAUGACAAACCUCAGGGCCCCCGACGUAGACGGGGUAUCAUGGGGCUUUCCCCACUUGCAAAAGUUAGGUACAAUUUAUUUUGUUACGAGUCUCUAAUUUGAUCAGCCCCCGACUCCCAAUUUCUAGCAACCCUUUAAACUGAAAAUUGCCCAAAACUUGUUACAAAAAGAAGAGAGGACAAAGGCUUCAGAAAAGUGACCAUUAUAAGAGCUUGUAGUUUCCUGACGUUGUCAAUGGUGACCCAAUCCCUUGUUACAGAAUUCGUCUUUUCAACAAAAUCACAAUAUAGAAGGUAGCUAUUUUCAAUGACUCAGGUGCUAUAAUAUUCACGAAUGGAUAAAAAUAGUUGAAAAGUGUGAAGCAAUAAAAUCAAUUCGUUAUACCAUUCACACGAGCAUACGUAGGCUGAGUACAAUAUUACUUGGCCUAAUCUAAGAAGAGAGAUUAAUUUCGUUUAAUAGCCUGCAAAGUUUCUUACAAAAACUCCUGUGAACUUUUUGCAGAAAUUUCAAUUUGAAUUUUUGAAGAUGCACGUAUUUUGAGAAAGUUUUGGAUUAACAAGAGUGUUUGAUAAAUUCUACAAACUUAGAAAAUUAAAAGUUUAACGACACUUCAAAUCAAAAAUAGUUACCCUCUCCUCAAAUUACCCUCUCCCCCCUUUCCCGCUUUCAAUAACCUUUUUGUAGAUAUCUCUGAUUUAACAUUGUGUUUUGAAGUAAUUUAGAAUUGAAACAUUUUAACCUGUAAAACUUAUUUUUUUUCAUAAGAUGUAUGCUUAAUUGUAUGCCAUAAGUUCAAAGAAACGUGAAAUCGAUUGCUUAUUUUCAAAA